GCGCUCCCUCCCUCACGGCCCGCCGCCAUCUUGCCCGCGGAGCUCCGGAGGGGCUGAGCUCCGCCGCCUCCUCUGCCUCUCCCCCUCCUUCCCCUCCGGCCGCGCCGCUUUCUCUCCUCCCGGGGACGGCGGGCCGGAGCCGGCAGGAGAAAUACUGCUUUCAAAGAAUGACAACAGCUGCUUCACCAAGUGGAUUUGCUGUGCAAGAGGUCAUUAUUUGCAGCUGUCAGCUUCACUGAAUUCUUCCUUACAUUUCAUCCUUAUUUUCUUUUAGGAGCGGCAAAACAACUUAGGGUUGAUGUUUUGUGUGCUAUCAACUGAAAUUGGGGCCAUCAUGAAUAUCACCAAGGGUGGGCUGGUGCUGUUCUCAGCUAAUUCCAAUUCCUCAUGCAUGGAACUGUCCAAGAGGAUUGCUGAGCGCUUGGGAGUUGAGAUGGGGAAGGUUCAGGUUUAUCAAGAGCCAAACAGAGAAACACGAGUGCAGAUUCAGGAGUCUGUGAGAGGAAAGGAUGUAUUUAUCAUCCAAACAGUUUCCAAGGAUGUGAAUACCACGAUCAUGGAGCUCCUGAUCAUGGUGUAUGCAUGCAAAACCUCCUGUGCCAAAAGCAUUAUUGGAGUGAUUCCUUACUUCCCCUACAGCAAACAGUGCAAGAUGAGGAAAAGGGGCUCCAUUGUCUCCAAAUUGCUGGCCUCCAUGAUGUGCAAAGCUGGACUAACUCAUCUUAUUACUAUGGAUCUACAUCAGAAGGAAAUUCAGGGUUUCUUCAAUAUUCCAGUAGAUAACUUGAGAGCAUCCCCAUUUUUACUCCAGUACAUCCAAGAAGAGAUACCAGACUACAGGAAUGCUGUAAUUGUGGCCAAAUCUCCUGCAUCUGCAAAGAGGGCACAGUCGUUUGCUGAGCGCUUGCGGUUGGGAAUCGCCGUGAUCCACGGGGAAGCUCAGGAUGCUGAGUCUGACAUGGUGGACGGUCGGCACUCCCCUCCUACAGCCAAAUACGUCGCUGCUAUCCACCCCAGCCUGGAGAUCCCCAUGCUGAUUCCCAAGGAAAAACCACCUAUCACAGUAGUUGGAGAUGUAGGAGGAAGAAUAGCUAUCAUUGUGGAUGACAUCAUAGAUGACGUUGACAGCUUUCUGGCUGCAGCUGAGACCCUCAAGGAGAGAGGGGCCUACAAGAUCUUUGUCAUGGCCACCCAUGGGCUGCUGUCCUCAGAUGCUCCCCGGCUGAUCGAGGAGUCUGCCAUUGAUGAAGUCGUUGUUACAAACACAAUUCCACAUGAAAUACAAAAACUUCAGUGCCCUAAAAUCAAGACUGUGGAUAUCAGCAUGAUCCUGUCAGAAGCCAUUCGAAGGAUCCACAAUGGGGAGUCCAUGUCCUACCUUUUCAGGAAUAUAGGAGUGGAUGAUUAAAGAAGCUUCUUCCUCUAAAGAAACACCCCGGGCCAAACUGGAAUCAAACAGAGAGCGAGCUGUGAAGCAUUCUGCUUACCUUAAUAUUUCCAUUGAGCCACUUCUUGUUUUUUCUUGGUUUAAGUAUCAAGGUAGAACAGUUUUUAAGACAAUAUUUUUUCCCCUUUUCAGGGUUUUUUUUUUUUUGGGGGGGGGGGGAUUGGUGGGAAUAAACCUUUUACAAAAAACUGUUCUAGUUGCUUUUAGGUUAGUUGCACUAUACACGAUGGAAAAAUCCCACAAAACACUUGAGGCAAGAAUUUGGCUUCUAAAUUAAGCAUUCCUUUUCCAAAGCUGCUUGCUACAAGUGCUUUAAAUGAUAAUAAAAUGAAGUGACUGUAUAAUAUUUGCAUUUUAAAAGCCAAAAAGGUUGUACUGUUGUAUGCAGUUCAGUGAUUUUGUAGGAGUGCUUUUAUAGAAAAGCAUAUGGAAUAUGCACCUGUAUUUAUUUUCUGCAACAAAGAAUAAAGACUUGUUUUGUGUGAGCUUUCUAAAAA